AGGACAACAGCAAAAGACUCGAUUCGCUGGUUAUCAAAUAUACCUGUCAAAUACAACAGGUUGGAGAAACAGUGGCAUAUGUUAUACCGACAAAACUUCUACACAAAAUAUGGUGGACCUAACUCCACGAAUCACAACAUGUACAGGCAUCACCCGAUACCUGACAAUUUACGUCGACCGUCAAACAAAAACUUACUCUUGGUACUCUACAAAAGCUAUACUGGAGCUUUGUGAAGUACAAGUUUAUGGUUGUCCGUUAGGAAAAUAUGGCGACAAUAACUGCGACAGCAACUGUGAUACAACCUGUGUGUAUAGCCUGUGUCAUCCUAACAGCGGUCAGUGUACAUACUGUGCGCCAGGAUCUUAUAAAUUUGGGCUUGUGUGUACAGCUUGUCCGACAAACUGUUUAAAUGACGUGUGUAACGUGGAGUCCGGUGUUUGUUCAGCUUGCGUCGAUGGGUACCAUGGCAGCCAGUGUGACCAAUCAUGUCCAGACAACUGUCAAGACAAAAUAUGUGACCAAUAUAGCAGAGUGUGUGCAUACUGUCUUGUUGGAUUCCAUGGUAAUAUGUGUAAUCAACCCUGUCCAGGCAACUGUAACAACAACACAUGUUCCCAGGAAAACGGUUUCUGUAUUACAGGAUGUGAUUCAGGAUACCAUGGCAACAUGUGUCAACAACCGUGUCCAAUCAAUUGCAAAGACAAUAUGUGCAGCCAGGAUACUGGUAUCUGUGAUGGAUGUGAUUCAGGAUACCAUGGCAACAUGUGUAAUCAGACCUGUCCAGCCAAUUGUAAAAACAACACAUGUUCCCAGGACAACGGUACCUGUAAUACAGGAUGUGAUUCAGGAUACCAUGGCAACAUGUGUCAACAACCGUGUCCAAUCAAUUGCAAAGACAAUAUGUGCAGUCAGGAUACUGGUAUCUGUGAAGAAUGUAUACCUGGAUCCUAUACAACUGAGUGUAACCAACCAUGUCCUAAUAACUGUAAAGACUCAAUUUGUGACAGAAAUAGUGGAGAGUGUUCAGCUUGUACCAAUGGGUACUAUGGACUCAAAUGUAAGGAGAAAUGUGGUCAAUGCAUUGGUGUGUCGUGUGGUAUGACAAACGGGACGUGUAAAUGUAGCGAUGGCUGGGAAGGAGAAACUUGCCUUUCACAGAAGGCGAUGGUGUCGGCCCCAGAAGUUAAAACAGCGACAAUCGCAGGUGGUGUAGUAGGAGCAGUUGCCGUUAUUGCUCUUGUUGUUAUAGCAACUUUCAUCAUACUUAAAAGAAAAAAAAUAUCGUCGAACAAAGAAAGUCCACGGGAAAACAAUGCCAAACCGUUCGACAAAUUGAAUUCCUCUUCAACUAAGUUGAAAAGGCAAAACACAUAUGAUCAGCCAUGUGAGCAAACAAGGGGCAUGGUUGCUAUGAAUGAAGAUGGACUUGAUUACGUGAACAUGCACGACAUUGACAUAGAUACAGAGAAUGACGCCGUGUAUACAAACAUUGGCAAUGCGGACGCUGUUGUCUCUAGUGUCUCUAUACAUGAACUGCGAUAUAUUAUUGACCGCAAGAUGGUGGAUAAAGCAGCAGCAUUUCAGGAAGAAUUUAAGGCAUUCCCAUUGGGAGCAGUACAUCCCCACGAAGCUGGUAAAAAGGCAUCCAACAAAUCGAAGAACAGAUUCAAGACAACUUUCCCAUAUGAUCAUUCGAGGAUCAUAUUGGAAACUAUUGGCAACGAUAUCGAUACAAGCUACACAAACGCAAAUUACCUCGAUAGUGUCCAAGCAACAAAACAGUACAUUGCCAGCCAAGGACCAAAGCCUAAUACCCUGGACGACUUUUGGAGAAUGGUUUGGCAGGUUAGCGCAGGGAAGAUUGUAAUGCUGACGAAUAUCAUGGAAGGAGGCAUUGUGAAAUGUCACAAAUACUGGCCAGAUGAAGGGGAACCUCUUUCCACACCGACAUUUCAGCUCAAACUGGACAAAGAGAGGACCUAUGCAUUCUAUGUCAUCCGAGAUAUUUCGAUUGUCAAAAAGAAGACAAAAGAGGAGCGCCUUGUCCAACAGUUCCACUUCACCACGUGGCCAGAUCAUGGAACUCCUGACACCCUGGAACUCGUCCUUUUCCAUCGCCGUGUGACGUCAUUCGAGACACAGCUGACAGGGCAGAUGGUGGUACAUUGCAGUGCUGGUUUAGGUAGAACGGGAACUUUCAUAGGCUUGGAUGCACUUCUCUCAUAUGGCAAGAAAACAGGACAAGUGGAUAUUCCAAGAUACGUCAAGACCAUGCGGAAGGAUAGAAUGAACAUGAUCCAAAACUAUGAACAAUAUAUUGCCCUGCACGAAUUACUUGUGGAAGGAUUCAAUUUACAAGAAUCACACAUCCUCCGGAUGAACUUCCCUGCUGUCUUGGCAGCGAAGUGUCCUAAAAACAAACCUGCUAAUCAGACAAAGAUCCAUCAGGAGUUUAAGGCAUUGCAAACGUUCAAUCCAAGUUACACCCCGAGUUCCUAUAAAGCGGCAUUGCUGAAAGUAAAUGAGGACAAGAAUCGCAGUAUGGACAUUUUAGCAGUGGACAAGUUCCGAGCCUUUCUGCAAUCACAACCAUCCAAUAGGACUGAUUACAUCAAUGCAAUUCUGAUACAGUCUCACACAUCAAAGUCUGGGUACCUGAUGACACAGUUUCCUCUAAAGGACACGGUAGAUGACUUCUGGACGAUGGUGUGUGACUACAGCUGUGAGAACAUCGUAGUUCUAGGACAACCGUCUGAGGAGUGUUGGUUGGGGGAAAACGACUCGACAACAUCAGCAGCUUUCUCGUUUAGAACAGUGGACGAGCGGUUCACCAGCGAUGAUUUGACAAUUCUUGAUUAUCAAGUAACUGGCGAGAGCAACAGCAGUGAAGCAACAGUCAGAAUAUUCACCAUGAAACAGUGGUCAUCAGAAUCCUUGUCGCCUCCCUCCGACUCAUCUCUUCUACUACUCCUGGAACAGUUAGACAGCCGCCGGAGGUCAGACAAUACCAAGCCUGUUAUCGUUAUGUGUCGGGACGGAUGCACACAGAGUGGGUUGUUCUGUUGUAUAUCGAACAUCAGGGAUCAAAUGAAAAUGGACGAUGACGUGGACAUAUUCCAAACAGCACGACAGUUGAAAAAACGAAGGCCAGAGGCACUGAAAGAUGUGAAACAAUACCAGUACUGCUACAAGAUCUUGGGACAAUACCUGGAUUCUACCGAUGUUUACGUCAAUUGAACAGCAAGCACUCUGUUCAUACGGUGUAGUAUUGGAUUCAGCUGACAUAUUUAUAAACUGAACAGAAGACCAUAUAAAUACAGUUCUUCAUUGUAGUAACACACGAAAUUCACCAGCGUGGACAUCACAUGAGUGCAUUAAAUGGAAUAUUUGUAAUACAGAAGAAAAGCAACACAAGAGGUCUAGCUGUUUUAACUUCUUGCUUCAAUUAAAUUAAUUUAUAAUCCAUCAGCAUUUUACAUUCGUGACUACUGUAGAAUCAUUUAUUUUCGUGGGACUUACAUUUCGUGUUUCAAGGACAUUAUAAUUCGUUGAUUGCUGAAUUUAUCAUAUCAAAUUUAUGUUUUAGUGGAUUUCUGUUAUCUACGAAAUAAACGAAAUUUAACCUCCCACGAAAACUUAUGAUUUUACAGUAUACCUAUUAUAUAUCAUUACGAUAGGGAAAGUUCAUAAAUAAGAAUAUUGGUUAACGUGUUUAAAGGAAUACAUCUUUGAAAUCCUCACUAGGACAUAAGUAAAAUGUUGGACAAAUACCUGUACAUGCAAAGUGAAAAUUAAGAUCCAUGGUUGAUAUCAAUGUCGAAAGUUCUAUGAAUUAGCAUUACUCCAAAACAUGCAUUUGAACGAGCAGCUUCAGACGUUUCGACUAAAACAGCAAGCGCAAUAUUAUACUGUGUUUCAUAUAUUUCUUGUGAUUUAUUGUAAAUAAGGUUUAUAUACAGUUACUUUUGGAUUCCAUACUAUUGCAAAAUUGUUUAUAUGAGUUAUUGUUGAACAUAAAGUAAGUAAACAACAAUUGUAACAAUGUGUAUUUAAAGACAUAAGCAAAAUAACACAAUUAUGUUAUACAAGUUUACUUACUCAGGAAUGUAAUGGAUGUUACAUCCGUUUUCAUAUGGCUACUACGUUUAUAAUAAUCAAAUGACCAUCAAAUCGAUUAUAUGUACAAUAGAACUAUCACAAUUGUAUAUAUGUUUUUAAAAGAGUUUUGUAAAAACAAAAUGCAAUUAUAUUUGAUUUGUUUCUAACAUGAAUUAUUUUAUGGCAUGUCAUUUCAUCUUGAAUGAAAUGCCUGGGAGCUAAAGCCAAGGCGCAACAUUUGACGUUCGUAAUCAUGUCUGACUACUAUCAUAAUAACAUUAAGAUCAUGACAUAGAGUAACAGACAACUUUGAUCUACACCCCAGGUUACAAAUGUCAAAAAAGGUGUUCAAAAAAUUCAAACAACUGUUUACAAAGAAUUUAGAUACCUACCAAAUGAAAUCUGAAUAAAUCGCCAUGUCUUACUUCAAGUAUACAAUCGUCCUACAAAUUUCUACAAAUAAAUUAUCCCGCCAUCACACUCACCAAACAAUAUUAGUUUGACUCAAUAGGAAAUUCUAGACAGACACCAUGAUCACGAAUUCAUAGAAAAUUAUUAAUUUUCCUAUCAUUUCAGAGAAGCAUGAAUGAGCGAUACAGGUCGUAUGGGCUUUUUGUUUAAUAGAUUGUGCAAUUUUAUGUAAUUUUCUUUCUUUUUUUGCUAUAUGCUAAUAUUAAUGCUUUAUUUUUUUUCAUUUUUAUUGGAAAGAACAUGACAAAUGAAUGUGUUCAAUGUUGAUGUUAUCAAUAUAUUUUUUUAUAUUUUUUGCAUUGUGUAUGCCAUUGUGUAAAUCAUUUCAGCAUAAUUCUUGUGUAACUAAAUUGUACAUGUGCAAUCACAUGUGUCCGUGUUCCGUUCAUCUUUGCCAGUUUUCUCAUGUACCGAUAUAAAUUUUACAAAUGCCUGCACGUCAAUGCAUUGCUUGCUUGUAUCAUACUGUUAUGUUUACAUUCUUGAUGUUUGUUCUGUAUAUGAAUCUACCAACUGAAAACAACUGCCAUUAUAAUAUGAAUACACUAUGAAUACAAAGAUCUAUCGUGCAACCAGUCAGCUAAUUUCACACACAAUGACCAAUUCAUAUUACUACGCAUAGUACCGUUUCUGAGAAUAGUUAUCUCCCCUUCUCGAGAAAUAAUAAUAAACAUUACAAAAAUCAUAAAUGGUGCACCAUUGUACUAUUACUAAAUCUAUUUCUGCUGAGAAACAGAAAAUGCUAGAAAGGGCCAACCAAUCUGCCGCAACUAAGAGAAAUACAAUCUGGGGAUUGAAAUUAUUCCAAGGUAAAUAAAUCAUGUCAGUUGACAGCUAUUAAACAGUUAAAUGGAUUAAAAAAUCAGAUUUGGAAAUUGUUAAAUUUGUCGAUCCGUGUAAUUCGUUCUGUUACACAGAACUGGUAAAAUGAAUUAGUAAUUGCGAAUUUUGAUAUAAAGCAAUUACCUAACCAUUUAAACCAUCACACAAAUGAUGCUCUUUUUCCAAAUCCAUAGGCGAAAGAAGAUAUGUGUUUACAUUUAGAUUGGAACCAACAAGUCUCUGGGACAGUCUUGGACCUAGAGAGCGUUAGUGAGGAAUUUUAUUGCGAGGCGAAGCCUAAAAACACAAAGCAGCGGGCAGAAAACAUGCCAGCGCACCAGGCCGAGGAAUACCAUAGAAAUACACUUAUCAAUAUAAUAGGGGCAGUAAAUAGUCAUCUAAUAGACAAAGGUCGGAAUAUUGAUAUUGUUCGCGGGAUAAAUUUCAAAAAAGCGAAUCGUACACCAGACGGUCUGUUAAAGGAGCGUACGAGGACUGAGGUGGCUCGUCCAACGGCACACAAGGAAAUUGUAUCGCCCCUACAUUUAACACAAAUAUCAACUUACCUCCAAGGGGGGGGGGGGGGGUUUCUCCCCUUACAUCCUACGACAGAACGCAUGGUACAACCUGGCUAUCCAUUUUGUGACCAAGAGACUUGAGUUCCACGAACAACUGCGAGUUAAUUUUUUUGAAUUUAUUUCAGACGAGCUAUGCCACAAUCAAUCAUAAGACAUUUUUUUUAUCAGGGUGGGUUUUCCUCUACUGUAGUGAAGGCCCAACAAAACGCAUGUAUUCCACUGGUUCAUUCCACUGGCACUGUCCUGUGGCAAUGCUGCAAUUGUUGAUAUCAAAAACGGAUUCGGCCGCUGAAAAACUGUUCAUCCAGUACCUAUGCACUCAGACGGUAAUCCAGAACACUUACGGGUAUCACAAGUGCCUCACAUUAUCUCGGCUACUCCAUCGCGGGACAUCGCACAAAUGUGUAAUGUCGAUUCGCCAUCGAUUCCCCGCGAUCUGGGUCACGAACUUUCGAACACCCAAACGUCUGGCUGGGUAGUCACCGUGACAUCAACUAGUACAUCAGAGAACUUUGUAAUGACACAGGGCACUUCAUCCACCAACAUAUCUUCAUUUACCUUAGCAGGAUUUCUGGCAAACAUCACAUUCCACGGAUGUACACAGCCGACGGAUGCUCGACCGACGAAUGCCCUGGAUGGUUACUAUGGUGACCGUUGUUUGAAAUAGUGCGGACAUAAUUUUUACUAAAUAUAUCAUUUGCGGCGUUAAAUGCAAAAAAAUACAUGAAAUAAGGUCAACUUUCAAAAAUGAAAGGAAUAUCAAGCGUUGUUUAUUAUGAGAUAAUAGAUAUUUUUCUCGUUUUAACAAAUCAGCUGAUCGGCGCAAGUCGAACCUUUGACGUUUGUGUGUAGGUUGGAGUUCUGCCUGUUCCUUUUUUAUGGUUUUCUGUCCGAUACUGAUAUCAAAAAUAUUGAAUUUACAAAAAGUGUUGCAACUUUUUUUAUUG